AUGGCACACCAGGAGACACCCGCCAUCCAUGCAAGAAGCUCCGGCUGUCAGAGAACGUCCAUCCUGCCAGGAGCCUCGGCUAUCUCUGACAGCCGCCAUCCCUCAGAGAGGCUCAGUGAGACCUGUCAGCCUGCAGAAGCCGCAGAGCCCGGGCACAGGUCUCCCGGCUCCCUUGGACCCACGGACACGACGGGCGCAACCCUGAGCCAUGACGUGGCCAGGGAAAGCCCGCGAGUCCAAGUGGGAGCCCAGCCCGAGGCAGGGGAGCCAUCUCAGGAGCAGGUGGCGGAGCAGCCAGUGUCCUGCAGCUGGCACUUACCAGUCCACAGCUCCCGGGACGCUGUGCCGGCUGUGCCAGCGGGCAACAGCCCGUGCCUGGUGGAGGAGAUGGUCCUGGAGACACCGGGAGACCUCCACGUCCAGGAAGCUGCUCCCAGACUGCCACCAACCAGCAGCAAGUCUCUAGUAGAAGCUGCUCCUGGGACGCCCCUGUGGCCCAGCUCGGGCUGCAGCCCCGGCCGUGCAGCGGAGCAGGGUCCAGCGCAGGAGGCCGGGGACAGCGAGGGUGCCGCCGUGCCCCGCUGCAGCGGGGCUCCUGCAGCCGCCUGUGCGCGCUGCCCUGGCCCCGCUGUGCCGCUCGCCAGCCCGACGGCUGCAAGGCGGUGGCCGCUGCCCGGCGCGCAGCAGGAAGCAGGGCAAAAGAAGGAGCUGCAGGAGCUCUACCAGCUGGGCCCGCAGCUGGGCAGCGGUGGCUUCGGCACCGUUUUCUCGGGGACCCGCCUCUCGGACGGCAGCCCGGUGGCCAUCAAGCGCGUGGCCCGGGAGAGCGUCCUGCAGUGGGUUGAGUGGCCCGAAGGCACCCGUGUUCCCAUGGAGAUUGUGCUGAUGGAGAAGGUGGGCUCUGGCUGCCACAGCAUCAUCCAGCUCCUGGACUGGUUCGAGCUGCCUGACAGCUUCGUGCUGGUGCUGGAGCGCCCGGAGCGGUCUCAGGAUCUCCUGCAGUUGCUGGCGCAGCAGGAGUUCCUGAGCGAGGAGGCGGCGCGCUGGCUUUUCUGGCAGGUGCUGGAGGCCGUGUGGCACUGCACCGCCUGCGGCGUCCUGCACCGGGACAUCAAGCCGGAGAACCUCCUCGUGGACCCGGAGAGUGGCGACCUGAAGCUCAUCGACUUCGGUUGCGGCACCUUCCUCCAGGAGCAGGCCUACACGCAAUUUGCCGGAACACACACGUACAGCCCGCCCGAGUGGAUCUGCCUGGGCUGCUACCACGGCCAUGCGGCCACCAUCUGGUCCCUGGGUGUGCUGCUCUACGAAAUGGUCUGCGGCUACCUGCCCUUCCAGGACGACCACGACAUCGUGCAGGGCCAGCUCUUCUUCGGGCAGCAGAUCUCUCCAGAGUGCCGCCAUCUGAUCCGCUGGUGUUUGGCCAAGCACCCCGCGGACCGGCCGGCGCUGCAGGAGAUCUUGCGCCACCCUUGGCUCUGCGGCGGGGACCUUUGA